AUACACUAUUAACGGAUCUUCUGUGAGAACCAUGGGCCGCGUUUGUUUCACCAAAACCUUAUUUUUCCUCAACAGUCGUUGACAGUGGAGACAGAUGUGAGUCAAACAAGCGCGGCAGCCGGACGUCACGUACGGCACGUAGCGGAUUGGAAAUGAGGAAACAUCAGGAAAUGACACUUCACAUGCGAUCACCGCCUCCUCGCAGCUGCAACUGCCGAAGCGGUUUUUCCCCUAGUUUCUAACAAAACACGAAGCCUGAAAGCAGCUUCAGAUUAGCUGUAGUAAAUAAUAAGGUGAGAGCAAAAGCCCAGACAGAUCUUGAUGGAGUCGAUGGUCUUCCUCCUUCUCUUCCUCCUCCAGGUGUCCAGAUCUGCACACGGCAGGUGUUUCUGUCAGGUCACAGGUGAACUGGACGACUGUACAUGCGACGUCGAAACCAUUGACAGUUUCAACAACGAGCAGAUUUUCCCCAAACUUCAACCUCUCCUGGAGUCCCACUACUUCAGGUUCUACAAGGUGAAUCUGAACAAACCGUGUCCUUUCUGGACGGCGGACAGCCACUGUGGUCUGAGAGACUGCGCUGUGAAGCCUUGCUCACCUAACGAAGUUCCAGAGGGAAUCCGAUCCGUUCCACACGACAAGUAUUCUGCAGAGGCGAACCAGCAGCCGCUGACUGAAUGUGAGAAGGAGAAACAUCUGGGAGCUGUGGAUGUUUCUCUGAGUGAGAAGACAAGAGAAGCUUUAUUGGAUUGGCGCAAACACGACGACGAGGCCGAGCGUUUCUGUGUUGUUGACGACGAGGAGUCACCGGACUCCCAGUACGUCGACCUGCUGCUGAACCCGGAGCGUUACACAGGCUACAAAGGUCCGGAGGCAUGGCAGAUCUGGAACAGCAUCUACGAGGAGAACUGCUUCAAGCCGUUUACCGUCAAGCGACCGCUCAUGCCUUUUCAGAGCAGCUCAGGAAGUGAAGCGCGGACCUUCUACAGCUGGCUGGAAGGUCAGUGUGUGGAGAAGCGAGCUUUCUACCGCCUGAUAUCUGGUCUCCACGCCAGCAUCAACGUUCAUCUGAGCGCACGGUACCUCCUGGAUGACACUUGGUUUCAGAGGAAGUGGGGUCACAAUGUGUCUGAGUUCAGGCAGCGCUUUGACUCUGAUCUGACGGCCGGCGAAGGCCCCAAGAGGCUCCGCAACCUCUACUUCCUGUACCUGAUAGAGCUGAGAGCGUUGGCCAAAGUUCUGCCGUUCUUCAAUCAGCCGUCCUUCCGGUUGUACACGGGUCGACCAGAGGAGGACACGAAACACAAAGAGCUGCUUCUAGAGAUCCUAAAUCUGGCCAGGUCUUUUCCUCUGCACUUUGAUGAGACUUCUCUGUUUGCUGGAGAUGAAAAAGAAGCAGCACAACUGAAGGAGGACAUCAGGCUGGCGUUUCUCAACAUCUCCAGGAUCAUGGACUGCGUCGGCUGCUUUAAAUGUCGUGUCUGGGGAAAAGUACAGACUCAGGGAUUAGGUACGGCUCUGAAGAUCCUGUUUUCAGAGCGACAGAUUGAAGCGCUGCCCCAGUCCAGAGAGCAACGACCCAGUUUCCAGCUCAGCCGGCAGGAAGUCGUCUCUCUCCUCAACGCCUUUGGAAGGAUUUCCACGAGCAUCAGAGAGCUGAAGACCUUCAGAUCGCUGCUGGCAGAGGAGCGAUGAUGACGAGGAGGAUUUUUUUUUAGGCCCUGAUCUACAAACUACAAUAUGGCUGCCCAUUUUAAUCCAGCUGUAGUGACUGUUACCAAAGUCUGUGAUGAGGAAGACUCAGCUGUUAUUAACUGGAGAUAUUUUCCUGUAAAAAUGGCUUUUUUAUGUUGAAUUUAAAUAAAAUUUGAGAUUUAUGUGAGAUUUAAAUGAUCUUUAAGUUAACUUGUGUGAAAUAAAAGUUGCAGAUCUUUAGUGAGAAUGAAGAAUAUUGUUAAAAUGACUAUGCAAUAAUAAA